CUGUCGGCACGCGGCUCUCUCUCACAAGUCGUCACGGGAGGGAGCGGGUAGGUGGCGAGUGUUAUUCCUCCCAUACUACACCCACAUGUGUGUCUAGUGCGUCAUUCUGUGAAUAUUCUACCUGUGGAGUUCAGUCGGACCGUUGUUACCUUCACACCUGAAUAUUCAGUUGAACUGUCGUGUGUCGUCAAUCGUCGUUGUUGUCGGAGGAGGAUCAGAUGAAAGUUUGCAGUACUGAAAGUUUGGAGUAAACACAACUCGUCCCAUCCCUGCGAUGACACGCAUUCGCCAGACGGAACCACCGACGCCCACCCCAGGGUGCACGGGUGGAGAAGUGAGCAUGAGUAACUUGUGAGCAGUGACGGAGGGACACAGGCCAUGGAUGACAACUACCUGUACUAGCGGCCUACCUACCUAACCUUUCAUCCACCAUGGAUAUACUCCAGCUCCUGUCCGCCCUGUUGGUGGUGGUCAUCAGCAGGCGACCAGUUGUGGGUCAGCACACCUGUGAUCAGUGCGACUGUCAACUCAAUUCCGAAGAAGAGCAUGCAGUCUUCAAUGUGAAAACCCACUGCAACGUAGGCUCCAUCUACUGGAACACUGCCUAUGGGGCUAUCCGCCUGGAGGUGCAGCCAGUGCUGAGGAACAGCUACAAGAUGUGCUUCGUGCUGGACAGCCAGAACAUUGUGACCAAAGUUUCACAGGAGUUGCCGCACUUGGUCACCGAGGGCGAUGGUGGCAGCAGCAGCAGCUGGUCGCAGGACAGGUUGACUCUCCAGCCCCUGGUGACCGUGCAGGGCAAGAGCCGCGAGCACUGUGUGUGGGGCAGGACUAAACAGCCGCUGAUGUUGUACUUUGAGGUGGAGAGAACUAAUAAUUUCACUGGGAUUCCGGUUGUGUCGCUGCUGUACGAUGUGCAGGAGGUCGCUGAUGAUGUUCUUCUCGAUCCUUUGGAGGAGUGCAGACCGUGCUCCCAAGAUGAAAUGCUUGAGGCCUACUGUAGCAGUGACUUUGUGGUCAUGGGCAGCAUGCAUCAGGUGCGACACGAGGACGAGGUGACGCACAUCGACGUGGCGGUGGCGCAGCUCAUCUACCAGACCAGUGACGUCUUCCGCCGCGUGCACCGGAGUGACGACUUCCUGCUGGGCACACUGCGCGCGCCUCGCAAGUGCGGCAUACGACAGGGCAAAGGUGACUUCCUGUUCACUGGCCGGAUGCGACUGGGCAUGCCCACCCUGCGCUGCGCUCCCUUCUUGGAGCGUUGGCAGAAGAUCGCGGCGCUGGCCGAGUGUCACUACAACUGAGGACAGAGGGCCGACAGGUACUGCUGUUGUGCACAACAAGACUCGGACCGUCGUGAGUGUGUUUGCUGGCUGAGCUUGUGGACCACUUGCCCAGGUGGUGUCGAUCUGUGGACGACUUGCCCAGGUCGUGUCGGUCUGUGGACGACUUGCCCAGGUCGUGUCGGUCUAACCGAAAAACAUUUAAGCUUCUGGACAGUGAAGUUGCUCGCGGCAAUGUUCACUCAUUCAAAAUGAUUGGUCGCCUAGGCGCGCUGGCUGAUCAUGUGACCGUGGUGAUACAUUCAGAGAGAUGGCGCUACUGUGAUAUCAAGAAAGGAGUGACAUGUCACACAGCAUUACAAGACUGACAUCUGAAACAUAUUCUAGAACCUUUGGGAUCACUGAGAAGGGAAUCAAACCUUUAGGUGUGCGAACUAUGAGUGGAGAGGACGUUGUGGCGAGUGACCUUUGUCCUCACUGACUCACCUUCUUCCUUUUGUGUAAACACUUGUCCGUUACCGUUUUUGUGUGUCACGUGAACAAACUAUUUCUUUGUGUUUGGCCGGCGACACCGGGCAUUUGUGGCUUUGAGACUAAGAAUGUUCAAGUUCUUCAGUGAUUGCAACAAUGAAAUAACAGUCAAAUAUUGCCGUUAAGACAGUUGACAGGAAUUACAGACAUUAUAUCCAAAAGGCAGCUUCCAAACAGGAUCUAACUGGUGUUAAUGCGCCAACGUGAGUUCAAAGGUUGAGCGCACAAAAUGACAGUUAAAAUGAAGACUUGUUUUAUGUACGAUAUUAAUGUAACACAUAUUAAAUCUUUAUAUCAUCUUACUUCAAUAUGUAUGUCUAUAUCGAUUAUAUCAAAGGUUUGAAACCUGAAGUCCAUUGACCCCCAGAACAUAAGGUUGUCGGUUCGAGUUCUCCUCGGGGAAAAGAGCUUAAAAAAAACAUUUCGUCGCCUGUCCAGCAGAAACUAAGGCAUAAUGGGUGGUAACAAUAGGGAAUCGUGUCCACAACCAUACGAUGUGUUCUAGAAACUGUGAAACGCUUACAGUUACUGCCCUCUUGACCUUUAGGAAUGGAACACUGUAUGUAGCUUUUGUGAAGAAGUUUAUAAAAUUAUAAGAUAGCUCUUCUGGAUAUUGCCUUUCAAAGACAGACAAGAGUAAUGAAUACAUUCAACUACAUAGAGCGACAGACAAGUCAGUGAGCUUGAAUUAUCUCAUCUCCAUAGUAAUCGUUGUGAUCAACAUGUAGCAAUCUGUCACUUUUGUGUCAUUAUUGGAAAUCCUUAGUUUUUAAACAGGACAUGGAGUCGGUGUAAAGAAGGUUCAGAACCUCUGGUGCACGAGGUCAGUCACCAGCGUAGUUUAAGGAACUCACGUGCUGUGUUGGUUUUACUUUUCAAUAUGGCGAAUGAUUGUUGUGACUAACAAUGUGUCAGCAACAAUUCAACUGCCAUUCUGUUUUAUUCUACCACUAAGGGACGGCUGAGCCGCCAGUAGAUGCCCUACGAGAACCUGCCAUUUUUAUCCUUGUGUUUAACACAGGGUUUGAACAGGGUUGGACUUUUAUUCUCCUCCUCUUUAAAGAAAGAAUUGUUGAAACAAGUUUCACAUUUUGUGUGACAUGAACUGCACUCGCGCAUUUUGCACCAAGACACUGUGACAUUUCACUAAGAGCAAUAUGGACACGAUGACACCCUUCACCACUGCUGGUCACGUGUUUGACCCUCUGUGUGUGUGUGUCAGUCUUUCUGUGAUAAACAUGGCGCCGCAGCCUGUCCUCACCUGAUGGCGGGCCAGGUGUAGACGACUGUAGAUAUCUGUAGGUGUUUGUAGGAUGAAGAUGAGGGCAGCCAGACGUCAGUGUGGUAGACCGGAACGGGUGUAGUGACGUCACGCAGUUUGUCUUAAAGUGUGACGUCACUACUUCACCGAGAUGGGCUCUGAUGACACGGUAAGAUGGCGGCGGGCAUUAAAUGUUGCUGUUAGUGUCGAGUGCAAGAUGGGUGUGGCUAUGACGUCAGAUGUGGAUGGAGAACGGAUAACGCGUGAAAAAGAAGAAAAGGUAGAAUUGAAGAUUUUGCUCAGUGUGUCUGUCUCUCCCUCACUUUGUAUUUGUGUGUGUGUGUGUGUGAGAUUACAUUUGUAAAUCGUGAAGAGAACAUGGUGCAUAGGCAAGUGUGGAGUGGGAUGCAUGCAAGAUAAAAUCAAUGUGAGUGCAACAAGUGCUGAAGAAAAGUUUCGCUUUCUCUCGGCGGUCACAAAGAUGGCAUGUACAGAUGUCAGGUGUGAUGGUUUAUCUAUGACAUGUACAACACGGUUCUGAUGUGAUGGUGAGAUGUUGGCUAGUUUACACGAUGACACAUCACUACUGAUUUUCUCAUUUUAUUUUCUUCUUCCUUUUUUCCCCUCUUUCACUUCAUUGUUACUGUCCUCAUCACCAUUAAUGACAGUCACUGAUCAACAACAUUUACUUACUUCUAUUUUGAAAUAUUUUUACAUUCCUGUGUCCAUGAUUUGUUGAUGAAUUGUUUUCUCUCACACAUGCACAAGGAGUGCCGGAGACUGCCAGUCUACAGACCAUGUACUUCUGUACUUAUCCGCAUCCCACCUGUCAUCGUCAGAUCCCUCCUACUGUCCCCAUCAUCUUUCCUCCGCCUGUCUCCCAGUGUUUUUGUUUUCCUAUUCAUUCUCUCCAUCUUUUUGUCUCAGUGCAUCGCCUUAGUGUGUGUGUUCGUCUCUGAAGACUAGGAGUGGUGUCAACAAAAUUCUUUUGACACUGUAUAGCAUGAACUUUAUUUUUAUAUCAUGAAAUGUUGAAAAAAAUGUACUACAGAAAUAAUCAUGUUUUAAUGAAAAACCUGA